UUUUCUUCCCUCAUCCAACUCUCUAAACAACACAUUAACCUUUCUCAUUCCCCAUCUCCUCACCUUAUUCAGCCACUGCUAAUUUCUAGGGUUCCGAAAUGGACGCUGGCGGAAAGAUCAAGAAGGGCGCCGGAGGAAGAAAGGGCGGCGGCCCUAAGAAGAAGCCGGUUUCAAGGUCCGUCAAGGCCGGUCUCCAAUUCCCCGUCGGAAGAAUUGGCCGUUAUUUGAAGAAAGGAAGGUACGCCCAGCGUGUCGGUACCGGUGCUCCCGUUUACUUGGCCGCAGUUCUCGAGUACCUAGCUGCUGAGGUGCUUGAGUUGGCUGGGAAUGCUGCACGUGACAACAAGAAGAACAGGAUUAUUCCGAGACAUGUGCUAUUGGCUGUGAGGAACGAUGAGGAGUUGGGGAAAUUGCUUGCUGGUGUCACCAUUGCACAUGGUGGUGUGCUUCCAAACAUUAACCCUGUUUUGUUGCCUAAGAAGACGGAGAGGGCUGCCAAGGAGCCUAAGUCUCCAUCCAAGGCUACUAAAUCUCCUAAGAAGGCCUAGAUUAUCCUUUUUUUUUUUUUUUAAAUGUAGUGUUGUAUAUCGGUGCUUAGAUGCUUUUGGUGUAACAGGAAAUUUGUUGUGUUUCUUAAACAUUGUAAUUCUUGUCCCAUUGUGUUGCUUGUAGGAGUGAGUUUGCUUUAUUAAUGAAAAGUGGAAACCUCUUGUUUUCAAUCUA